CCAGCACAGAGCCCAAUGAGGGGCUCAAUCUCAUUUUGAGAUCAUGACCUGAGCUGAAAUCGAGAGUUGGUGCCUUAAAAUGAAUGAGCCAUCCAGGCACCCCUGUUAUAACAUCACUUAAAAAAAACAGUAAAGCAAUAUUUGUUGAUUAAUGAAUAAGUUUUUCCAAGAUUCAGCAGUGUAAUAACUUGUAGAGACAGAGUUUUCAAUGGUUGUGGUUGUUUUAUAUGUUUUAAUAACCAAUAUUUCUAGCACCAUAGGGAAUGAAGUAUUCUACGUAAGUUAAUUUUCCAGUUAACUACAAAUAUCCUUUUAUAUGCAUGAAGUGAUUUUCUUUUAAUCACUAAAUAGUGAUUCAUUUAUUUACUCUUUUUUUAACCAACAAAUAUGUAAACAUUUAUUAUAUAAUCCUAUACACUAGGAAUUUGGGAUAAAAAUCUUUCUAAUACUUUUUGUGUUCUUCUCUGUACUAGUAGUAAGUUACCUUAGUAAAAGUAAUUUAUUCUUUAAAUCCUGACUCAGACAGUAUUUUGAAUAUCAGAUAUUGAGCUAUAAUACAGUCAUAUACAUAAUAGGAACUGUUGAACUAGUUAAGGACCAUUUGCCUCUACCCCAAAGUGUAUUACUUUAGUUGGGGUUCUACAACUAAUUUUUAGUUUUCCUUUCUUUUUUUCACUUUUGUGCUGUUAGUGAGCUAGUUUCUUAGUCCCUUUGCUAUUUUCUUCUUCUAAACUACUAUGUUCUAGGAUAUCAGGUAGUCACAUAUGCUCAUGUUCUGUAUAAAAUGUAAAUUCAUGGACUGUGAGUGAGGGUGUGAGUCAAAAGGAAGGUGCAUGAGAUAGAAUAGGACAUCUCUUGUGAUACCUGAAAUGAAUUUUUAAAAAUUCUUUGCAGAAGAUGAAUUUCUUCUCUUUUCAGUUACAUUCUAGAUAGUUGAAGUUGUCUCAUAUGUGUUUCUUUUUUUUAAAAAAAUUUUUUUUUAACAUUUAUUUAUUAUUGAGAGACAGAGGGAGACAGAGCAUGAGCAUGGGAAGGGCAGGGAGAGGAGGAGACACAGAAUCUGAAGCAGGGUCUAGGCUUUGAGCUGUUGGUUAGCACAGAACCUGAUGCAGGGCUCGAACUCACAAACCAUGAGAUUAUGACCUGAGCUGAAGUCGGACAUUUAACUGAUUGAGCCACGCAGGCGCCCCUCAUAUGUGUUUCUUUUUAAGUCAUAUAAGACUUCUAGAUAAAGUCAAGGGUUAUAGUAAAUAUGUUUCAAAUUUUUAGAAAUUUAGUUUGUGCUAGUGUCUGAGUGUUCACAGAUAGCUGCUACAUGUCACUAUGUAUUUGUGGAUCUACUCUAAGAAAAAAUGAUAAGUGCCUCAUAAAGCAACAAAUCAAUCUCUGAAUAUGAGUGUGCUAAAAAAGCACAUUAAGGAAUGGGAUCAUAUACUGUUUAUCACUUACAUAAUGAACUUUGAUUUUGAAGUCACGGUACCUUUUAUUUUAUCAAAAGGACGUUUAGUCACUGUACUCACACGUUGUUUUCUUCAAAGUUCAAAAAAAAGAAUUUUUAUGAUUCCACUUCACAUUCCUUCUUUGAUUAUUAAGUAGCUCUGGCAUUGUUCUGCUUACGAUUUAGGUUUCUAAUUGUUUAGUCUUGUGAAUGUUUAUUUAGACUAUAAAGAACAACAAUGAUCUAAUUUAACUAUAUUAAGUCAUUUGGUAGUCUUUGUCCUUUGGCAAGCAUUCAGCAAUAUAGUUCUGUAGAUACAAGAUAUUUUUCAUUUAACAUAAUUUUUUUUUGUUUUUCUAGGUUAAAAAAUGGCCAUACUAUAGUAACUAAUCAGCCAAAUGCUUUGCUUAUGAAAAUUUUACCAUCAUUGUUUUUUUCCUUUUGGAUUGAGAAAAUGAACCCAGAUAUAGAAGAAAGUACGAGAUGUUGGAAAAAAGUACCUGUUAAGCAGUGGAACAUCUAAUAAUUAAUUUGCAAGAAAUUUUAAAGAAAUAAAAUUGUUAUGCUUCGAUUUUGGUAUGAUAUUGACUCUCUAGCACAUAGGUAGCCCUCCAAAAAAAAUCAUCCAAUUUUCUAAAUUAUGGAAAUUUUGUGGAAGACGUUGACCUGGAUUUUGAGCCUCAUCAUGGCUUCAUCGGAAUGUCAUAGUGACCACAGACUUUCAUACAGUUCUCAAGAGGAAUUCCUGACUUAUCUAGAACACUACCAGCUAACUAUUCCAAUAAGGGUUGAUCAAAAUGGAGCUUUUCUCAGCUUUACUGUGAAAAAUGAUAAACACUCCAGGAGAAGACGGAGUAUGGACCCUAUCGAUCCACAGCAGGCAGUAUCUAAGUUAUUUUUUAAACUUUCAGCCUAUGGCAAGCACUUUCACCUAAACUUGACUCUCAACACAGAUUUUGUGUCCAAACAUUUUACAGUAGAAUACUGGGGAAAAGAUGGACCCCAGUGGAAACAUGAUUUUUUAGACAACUGUCAUUACACAGGAUACUUGCAAGAUCAACGUAGUACAACUAAAGUGGCUUUAAGCAACUGUAUUGGGUUGCAUGGUGUAAUUGCCACAGAAGAUGAAGAAUAUUUUAUUGAACCAUUAAAGAAUACCACAGAGGAUUCCAAACAUUUUAGUUAUGAAAAUGGCCAUCCUCAUGUUAUUUACAAAAAGUCUACCCUCCAGCAACGACAUCUGUAUGAUCACUCUCAUUGUGGGGUUUCAGACCUCAUAAGAAGUGGCAAACCUUGGUGGCUGAAUGACACAUCUACUUUUCCUUCUUCACUACCAAUUAAUGGCACGCAUAUCCGCCACAGACAGAAGAGAUCAGUAAGCAUUGAGCGGUUUGUGGAGACAUUGGUAGUGGCAGACAAAAUGAUGGUGGGCUACCAUGGCCGCAAAGACAUUGAACAUUACAUUUUGAGUGUGAUGAAUAUUGUUGCCAAACUUUACCGUGAUUCCAGCCUAGGAAACGUUGUGAAUAUUAUAGUGGCCCGGUUAAUUGUUCUUACAGAAGAUCAGCCAAACUUGGAGAUAAACCACCAUGCAGACAAGUCCCUCGAUAGCUUCUGUAAAUGGCAGAAAUCCAUUCUCUCCCACCAAAGUGAUGGAAACACCAUUCCAGAAAAUGGGAUUGCCCACCACGAUAAUGCUGUUCUUAUUACUAGAUAUGAUAUCUGCACUUAUAAAAAUAAGCCCUGUGGAACAUUGGGCUUGGCCUCUGUGGCUGGAAUGUGUGAGCCUGAAAGGAGCUGCAGCAUUAAUGAAGACAUUGGCCUGGGUUCAGCUUUUACCAUUGCACAUGAGAUUGGUCACAAUUUUGGUAUGAACCAUGAUGGAAUUGGAAAUUCUUGUGGGACGAAAGGUCAUGAAGCAGCAAAACUUAUGGCAGCUCACAUUACUGCGAAUACCAAUCCUUUUUCCUGGUCUGCCUGCAGUCGAGACUAUAUCACCAGCUUUCUAGAUUCAGGCCGUGGUACUUGCCUUGAUAAUGAGCCUCCCAAGCGUGACUUUCUUUAUCCAGCUGUGGCCCCAGGUCAGGUGUAUGAUGCUGAUGAGCAAUGCCGUUUCCAAUAUGGAGCAACAUCACGCCAAUGUAAAUAUGGGGAAGUGUGUAGAGAGCUGUGGUGUCUCAGCAAAAGCAACCGCUGUGUCACCAACAGUAUUCCUGCAGCUGAAGGAACACUCUGUCAAACUGGGAAUAUUGAAAAGGGGUGGUGUUAUCAGGGAGAUUGUGUUCCUUUUGGCACUUGGCCCCAGAGCAUAGAUGGGGGCUGGGGUCCCUGGUCACUAUGGGGAGAGUGCAGCAGAACCUGCGGGGGAGGCGUCUCCUCAUCCCUAAGACACUGUGACAGUCCAGCGUAAGUAGCUAAAGUAAGCCGGAGCCAACAAAAAGACACAGUUGGAAUUGAUUCAAAGCUGUGGUUUCACAUGUUAUCUGUAAAAACGUUUCACUAGUGAGCCAAGUGUUUGUCUUCUGAACAAGCAAUAGGCACAGAGAAGUGGAAGAGCCUUGUUAGACAGACUUUCUUUUUCCCCCCACCCCCCUUACUGUGUAACUAAAAAUAAAAAAGAAUAGCAUUGUGUAUCUAUCCCAGGUAUAGCCAGACUUUUAAUCUAGUAAUAAUCAGAUAGAUUCCUCCUCCGAAAACUACUGAAUUAUGGAUGAAUCCAGGUCUGGUCUUAGCUACAUUACCAUUAUUCCCAGGAAACCUAAGGUCUUUUCACAUGUCACAUAAAAUUAUUACUGCUACAUUAGUAUUAA